AUGCAUUCAAGUUUGUUUUCCAGUUUCUCCAAGAAAGAGUCGGACUAUAAUGCCCUUCAAGCAAAGUUUCGGGAUAACGAGGCCCUCCUUCACUCUACUGAUGCUGCCCUUGUCACAGCACAGAGUGAGAAGAAAGCUCUAGAUCUGGAAGUGGAAGGUCUUAGAGCAGAGAUUGAACAGUUUGAAUCUGCUCUGGCAAAAUUAAAGGCGCAACUUGGAGAAGAGGCACUGCAGAAAGUGGAUCUUGAAAACCGUUGCCAAUCUCUUACUGAAGAGCUUGAGUUUCGUAAAAACAUCUAUGAGGAGGAAAUCAAGGAGACUCGAAAACGGCAUGAGACGCGAUUGGUUGAAGUGGAUUCUGGUCGAGUUAUUGACUAUGAGCACAAACUUGCCCAAGCUCUUGCUGAAAUGAGAGGACAGCAUGAAGACCAAGUCAAGGUUUAUAAAGAUGAGCUUGAGCAGACCUAUCAAGCUAAGCUGGAGAAUGCUAGACUGUCUUCUGAGAUGAAUAGCUCUGCAGUCAAUAGCACACGGGAGGAGCUUAUGGAGAGUCGUCUGCGUAUUGAUAGUCUCUCAAGUCAGCUAUCAGACUUGCAGAAAGAGUCUAGAGCUUGGUAUGAUCGUAUGCAAGAGCUGGAAGAGUUGCUGGCUAAGGAGAGGGAUUCUUGUCGUCGGAUGCUUGCAGAGAGAGAGCGAGAGAUGGCUGAAAUAAGAGAUCAAAUGCAGCACCAGCUUUCUGAGUAUGAACAACUUCUAGAUGUGAAGUUGGCUUUGGAUAUGGAGAUCAGUGCCUAUAGGAAGCUGUUGGAGGGUGAAGAGGAAAGACUAAAGCUUUCUCCAAGUCCAUCCUCCCGUGUGACUGUUUCCAGAGCAUCUUCGAGCCGUGCUGUGCGAACUACUAGAGGAAAGAGGAAGAGGGUUGAUGUGGAAGAAUCGGAAGCCAGCAGCAGUGUCAGCAUUGCACACUCCGCUUCUGCAACUGGGAAUGUGUCCAUUGAAGAGUUGGAUGUGGAUGGAAAAUUUAUCAAACUGAAAAAUAAUGCCAAUGAAGAUCAACCACUGGGAGGCUGGGAAAUUACUAGAAUAAUUAGAGGCACAUCUGUGCAUUACAAGUUUACCUCAAGAUAUGUGCUUAAAGCAGGCCAGACUGUUACAAUUUGGGCUGCUAAUGCUGGUGUUCCUGCAAGUCCACCAGCUGACCUCAUCUGGAAGAACCAGACCUCUUGGGGCACUGGUGAAGAUGUAAAGGUGGUGUUGAGAAACUCUCAGGGAGAGGAAGUGGCUCAAAGAUCCACUGUCUUUACAACCACUCUACCUGAGGAAGAGGUAGAUGAAGAGGAGCCAGAAGAAGCACAGGAAGUCAUUGUUGUGCAAGAGACAAGGCAGCGUCGGCAGGUUUCAGAAAACAGAAGCUGUGCUGUGAUGUAA